AUGGCCCGGGUGAACAAUAACGGCUCGGCAUGGGCCAGGGCGCGACGGGCAAGGGGCUCGGCCACGGCUCGGCACACCCUCGGCCACGGCCCGAGGCUCUCGACCACAACCGGGCGAGCAGCUAGGCGCGGGCACGGGCACGGUGGAGAUGGGCAGCGGCUGGGAUGGUUGAGCAACGGGCUAGGCGAGCUCGGGCACGGCCUGAGCAACGGCCAGGGUUGCUGGGAGCUAGGUGGUGGCGGAUGGAGCAGCGGCGGAGGCCGGAACGGCGGCGCGCGGUGGCUGGACAAGGCGGAGCCGGGGAGAGCUCAAAACAGGGGAGAGGCUGGGGAAGAGAGAAACAGGGGGAAAGGGAGGUCGCGCAGCGGCCUGAGGAGACAUGGCGGCGUUACGGGUGGCCGGGCGACGGAGGACAGGCCGGCGAGCGACUGGGCAGCGCUGGACUGCGGCGGACGCAAUGGCGAGUUGUUGCUCGCGUGA